CAGCGGCUGACGGCGGGGGAGGAGCCGGGUCCACUGCCGGGUGGAGGGGCAAGGCGAGUGUCCUUAUCCUACCGAUUGGGGCCCGGGCCUGUGAGCCAGUUGGAGUCGCGGCAGCGUGAACGAUCGGGCCGAGCGGAAGCAGACAUGUUGCUCUUCGUUGAGCAGGUGACAUCUAAAGGCACUGGUUUAAAUCCUAAUGCUAAAGUGUGGCAAGAAAUUCCUUCUGGAAAUCCGGAUGGCACUCCUGUAACUGAAACCUCUUGGAAUGAAACUGCAGCCCCAUCUGGACCUCACCCUGAGGGCAAUACAGAACUUCCAGAAGAUAUGUGUAAGGAAUAUGAAGUAAUGUAUUCUCCAUCUUGUGAAACCACAAGAAAUACUGCAGACAUUGAAGAGUCAGCUGAUGGAAUGCUCUUAGGACCGGAAGACCUGAGUUACCAACUAUAUGAUGUUUCUGGAGAAAGCAGUUCAACAAUUUCUACAGAAGAUUUAAAAGAAUGUCUGAAGAAACAAUUGGAGUUCUGUUUCUCACGAGAAAAUUUAUCAAAGGACCUUUACUUGAUAUCUCAAAUGGAUAGUGAUCAGUUCGUACCAAUAUGGACAGUUGCCAACAUGGAAGAAAUAAAAAAAUUGACUACAGAUCCAGAUUUAAUUCUUGAAGUAUUGAGAUCUUCCCCUAUGGUACAAGUUGAUGAGAAGGGAGAAAAGGUGAGGCCAAGUCAUAAGCGUUGUAUUGUGAUUCUCAGAGAAAUCCCUGAGACCACACCUGUAGAGGAAGUGAAAGCUUUGUUUAAAAAUGAAAACUGCCCCAAAGUGAUAAGCUGUGAGUUUGCACACAACAGCAACUGGUAUAUCACUUUCCAGUCAGACACAGACGCACAGCAGGCUUUUAAAUACUUAAGAGAAGAAGUUAAGACAUUUCAGGGCAAGCCAAUCAUGGCAAGGAUAAAAGCCAUCAAUACAUUUUUUGCUAAGAAUGGUUAUCGAUUAAUGGAUUCUAGUAUGUAUACUCAACCUCUUCAGACGCCAACCCAAUAUCCCUCACCAGUCUUCAUGCAGCCAGUGUAUAAUCCUCAUCAGCAGUACUCAGUGUAUAGUAUUGUGCCUCAGUCAUGGUCUUCAAGUCCUGCACCUUACUUUGAAACACCACUGGCUCCCUUUCCCAAUGGUAGUUUUGUGAAUGGCUUUAGUUCACCAGGAUCUUAUAAAACAAAUGCUGCUGCUAUGAAUAUGGGCCGACCAUUCCAAAAAAAUCGGGUGAAGCCUCAUUUUAGGUCAUCUAGUGGUUCAGAACACUCAGCAGAGGGCUCUGUGUCAUUAGGGGAUGGACCACUGAGCAGAUCUAGUUCAAGGAUCUUUCUUUCUGAACGGCAUAACCCAACAGUAACAGGGCAUCAGGAACAAACUUAUCUUCCAAAGGAGGCUCCAAUUUUACAGAUGGAACAGAAUGGAGACUUUGGAAGAGGCAGGAGAACUCUCUUCAGAGGCCGAAGACGAAGAGAUGAUGACAGAAUCCCAAGACCCCAGCCUGCUGCAACUGAAGCAAAGGCUCCAACACCAAAGUUUGACUUACUUGCUACAAAUUUUCCUCCUUUACCUGGAAGUUCAUCAAGAAUGCCAGAUGAACUUGCUUUGGAGAAUAGAAUGUCUGAUAUCGUUAAAGGUGUCUACAAAGAAAAGGUAAACUCUGAGGAAGGUGAGGAUGUGAGAGUUAGUUGCCCAGUUCCUGCAGAGGACGGACAGACAGACUGUACUUCUGGGCCACAGCUCAGCAUAAGUCCUAGUCCUCCCUGUACAGCUGAGCCUCCUGCAUUAAGCACAACUCAGCAAGAGAAGGAUCAAAUGGAGGAUUCCAUUGUUCCAAAGGAUGUUCUCAAUCCAGUGACUGUACCAGUGUCUUCUCCAACUACUACAAAGCCAUCAAGGGCAAACACUGCUUCACCUUGCGAUAGUAACAUAAAUACACCUAUGGCUGUGGCCCUACAGGAACCUCGAAAGUUAAGCUAUGCUGAAGUGUGUCAGAAGCCUCCUAAAGAGCCAUCUCCAGUUCUUGUCCAGCCAUUGCGGGAACGGUCCAAUGUAGUAUCUCCUACCAGAAAUGAAGAGAACGGAGCUCCUGAGAAGCCUGUUGAGAAGCCACAUGAGAAACCAGAAACACGGGCUAGUAAGGAUCACUCCGGCUUCCGAGGCAGCACCAUUCCCAGGGGAGCAGCUGGAAAAAUCAGGGAACAGAGACGCCAGUUCAGCCCUAGGGCUACACCUCAGGGAGUGACUCGACGCAAUGGGAAAGAGCAAUAUGUGCCACCCAGAUCACCAAAGUAAAAACAAAACCAUACAAAAACUACUCAGAAGCUUCUCUUCCCACUAAACUUGAGCCUCUGUUGAACUGAAUUGGAGGGGAGAAAGUAGCCAGGAAAGAAUGGGAAGUAUGUACUAAAUAUUUCGGAUUUUUGGAAUUGUGAGUAGAAAGAGCCCAAAAUUCAUCUCUAAAUGAUUUUCAAAUGCUGGAGGAUUCCAAUCAGUAUAAAUAUAUAUAAAUAUAUAUAUAUAUAUACACACACAUAUAUAUAUAAAUAUAAUUUUUCUAUUUUUGUUUUUGAUUUUAAUUUGCAGGGAUUUUCUGCCUGGAAUCAAUUUUGAGGGUUCAGAUUUAGGUUGGGAGAGAAAACAAAAAACAUUAUACAUCCUUCAGUAUAGGAGAUGAGGGAGUGAGAGAAAUAUUUUUUGAAGAAACAUUUCUGUAAAAAUUAGAAAUUACUUUUUUUAAUCUAUUUAAAGUUUGGCUUGAAGAAUGCUAUCUCUGACUAAAUGGCCUUGUGUUGCGAAGUAGAUGAGUGGCUGGGGAGUCUGUUCUGGUCUGAGUGUGUGCAAAGGGGAUUUAAGCCAAAUCUAUUGUCAUGUUAGUAAAUGAUUUCAAAGCUGAAUGUAAUACUUGAGUAGAUUUUCUUUGUAGUUUGGAAUUUAGGUUUUUUUUUUUUUUUUUUGACAUUACUAAUACUGUAUUAUAUGAGCAAACUAUAACGCUCUGAUUGUGUAUGAAGCUGUGACUACCAAUCAGUUUGAUAUUCAAGGAAAGAACGGAGAUUAUUCAAGGAAAAAAAUUGAAAAUUCUGUUUUAGACCUGAAUACUGGCUAGGUCAAAUAGGUUUCAGAGGUUCAAACUGCUCUGUGACUUUUUUUUUCCUUUUAAAAAUUUUUUUCUUAAUUGCUUGUUAGUCUCUGUUCAUUGACUGCCCCAAAAGCAAAAUGACUAACUAUUUACUGGACUGUGUGUUCUUACUACUUUGACCAGUUUAAUCAGAUCAUAUAACUGUUCUAAGCUGCAUAAUGGAAUGUUGAACGAUUUUAGAAUUUUAGGUCCCAGGAUCAUACUGACCUGCCAGUAAUUUAUUUGUAUUGGUUUAAAUGAAAUAGUGCUUCUUGGUGAGGGGGUAUAAAUCUUCAACCCUGGCCUCCAGAGGCAUGGCAGGUGGGUCUCAGUUCCAGUCCAUCCAGGACUCUACUUCUCACUAACUAGUCUCUGUCUGAAAACACGAAAAGAAAAAGAAAGAUGAAACCGUAUAAGUGACAUUUUAACUGGUCUAAAAGAAAAAUUCAAAUAUUAAUUUGGGGAACUUUAUUGUUUACAAUAUUUAACAUCUUUCUUUUGCUUCCCCCCAAAGUACACCUUAGCAUUCGCAGACUAAAAUAGCAAGUCAAGAAUUUUUUGAAAUAAAGUGAAAAAGUGGUUGAAGAAAAUAAAUGCAUAAUUUUUCAGUGAAUAAAGUUGUAGCUGUCAUACAUUAAAUAGGCAAAGUUACAUGCUGGUAUUUAGAAAACAGCUCAAAUAUGAAAAACCAUGUUGCAUUAAUCUGUUUUAAGUCAAAUCAUUUUUACAGUUUUAUGUAGGGUGGUGGUUUGUUUAUCUUCUUAGGGAUAGCUUACAAUAGCAAGAACUGUCCCUUAUAUUAGUGAGUUACGUAUGUACAAAUUGAAACUGUAAAUUGUGAACACUGGAAAGCACCAUUGUGACAUAAACAUCGUAGUAAUAUAUUUAAAAUGAAUGUAAAUGGAAGUUAAAAUUACAUUACUGUGAAACUUACCUUCCAAGUGUCAGAGAUUUGUGUUAGUGGGUAAUUCCUAAGAGCUUUGAAAACACUGCACAAUCUGUGUAACCCAGAAUUAUUAUUUCUUUGUAACUUAUUCAGCUUGGCGAGCGCUUUUGAUUUGGCAGAUUGAUAACAUGGUAUAAUAUAUUUACUUAGAUGGAAACAAUUAUUUCUACAUACUUUUUUUAAUAUCUGCUAGAUGAAACAUACAAUAAAACUACCUGUACUAAAAUUUGGGAGAACUUUAGGUCCUUUAAAAAGUAUUAAUAAUCAUUAGCUACAUCUAUGAUGAAAGUGUUUAUUCUGGUUUACUUAAAAAUGAUAAACAUUUAAAGUGUUAACAUCUUAUGAAUGCGGUGAAUUAAUAGAAUAAACAUUUUGCAAAAAAUCGCUUGAUAAGGAUUAUAAACUUUAUUUUUGCACUUAAAAUGAAAAAUACUUUUUUGUUUUCUCUAAAUGUGUCACAGAUGUAGUUUGUGUGACUUACUGAUAAUCCAUUACUACAGGUUGGUCUUUUUAACAGUGCUUCCCUUGAAACCAGGGCCUUACACACCCCAGGAGUGUUCAAGCACUGAGCUAUACCUCCAACUUCUAAAGGUCUGAUUGAAAUCCCAAGAAAAUUUUCCUCUUAAAGCAAGUAUAUUCUUGUUUUGUUUUGUUUUCUCCAAAUACUGAGUAUAGAAAUUUUUUUAAGCAUAGGAUUUUUAUUUCAAUUUUCCUCAGUAUUUCUACACAGCUCCAUCUGAUGGGGGUGUAUCCGGGAGGGUGAUGAAUGUGAAAGUGUAAUAUAUAUUUACAGUGUGUAUUUGGCAGUAGUUUUAUUGCAGCGUGUGUAAAUGAUGCCUGUGAGUUAUGUGAAGCUGGCUUUUACCCAUCAAUACUCAAGUCAAUUGGGUGGGUGUUCACUGUACUUCAACUAUUUAUUGGUUGUGUAAAUGGGGAAAUUUAAACGUCAAAGUUUGCUCUUCACCUUAUGGCUUGCAUUACUGAAGUCCAAGGGUAGAUAAAAUGAUGCUGAAUGUAUCCCACUGUAGUCCAUCUGUAGUUCCCACUGCAUGAAGAGAACGAGCAGACUUCACAUAAGUUCAUCACCUUGCACUUCAGAGAAGGUGCUUAGAGGGGCUGGCAUGGCAAAACCUUCUCAUCUUCUGUCUUGAUGAUACCUAAUCUUUAAUCUGAAUAAUCUCAGUCUUGCCAAAUACUCAGUGGCGUUUAAAAGAAUCUACAUUCUUACCCACCUGUAUUUUGGAGACAGAUGAAACCUUGCAGUGAUAGGGGUUUGUUGUCUUACCUGCAUAUCUUUCAUAUAUUCAAAUGAUGUGCAGAAUUUUAAUUUAUUUUUAGUUCCUAAAGUUAAGGUAGCUUCAAUAUUAUUUCACAUUCCUUCUUUUUAAAUAACCAGAUUUGCUUUGCAAAGACUUAGGAGCGAAAUUAAGUUAGUAUCUUUCACUUUAGGGUAAAGAGAACAAGAAAAUAUUAUUUAAGAGUUAGGAGCACUUUGUCUAGUUUUGUUAGUUAUGUAUGGCCUUAAUAAUCAGUCUCUUGGCUUAAAUGUUCGCUGGUUUUACUUUGACACAGUUGAACAGCACUGGGGUUCAGUUCCUGAUGCUUGUGUUGGCAAUAUAUAGUAACCAUAUUUUAAGAGUAUCAUUCUGGCUUUUUAUGGGAAAGAUAAAAAUCAAACAGUAUAUUCCUUUUGAGGGUUUUUUUAAUACGUAAAUAUAUAUAAAUAUAAUAUAUGAUGGAUUUUUUCUAAUUUUUUAUAUUUCCUUACAAUUUGGUGGCUAUUACUCUAACUUUAGACUCUUUGGCAUAUACUAAGUAGCUAGUCUGGGCUUUGAAGAAUAUGCAUGGACAUUUCAGUUUUUAUUAGCUGAAUGAGGACAUUUUGAAUUCUCUUAAAAGUCACCUGACUAUUAAAUAACUUUAUUUUUAAACUAACAAUUUGUUGUGUCUUAUUACACAUUACACAGUCCUAAAGGUGCGGCUCUGAUGUCUGUGAGCUGUGGGCCAAGUAUUCUGUUUUCAGCUCUAUUGAAUAGUACAGAACACUGACUAGAAAUGUAAAGAGAUACCCACAUCGAUGUUCUGUUUGUGUUUUUCCAGCUGAUUCAGGUGUCCAUUGAAUGACGUAUCUCUUAAAUGUUGGGGGAGUGCAGUGUCAGAACCAGUUAUCUGGCUUCUGUUUUGUCCAUAGCUUAGAUUUGUUCCGUUGUCAGAAUUGUCCCCCACCCCCCAAAUGGUGUGACACGUACUCAUGCAUAAACUGUUAAAACGAGCAUCUUUGUAUUUGUAUUGUUUUCGACAUUGCCAAGGUGCUAUGGGAAAUUAAAAUUACAAAAUUAGAAAAAAAUAAAAUUAUUGAAAAACA